UGCCUUCCCGCCGGUCCGCCUAGAAAGGCGCUAAGCCUGCGGCAGCCCCCUCGCCGCCGCCUCCCUGCCUCGCGCCCAUAUAACCCGCCAUCCCGCAGCCUAGGAGCCGCGAGGAGGCAGCGCUGCAGCCCAGCCCUCGGCGACGCCGACGCCCGGCCCGGAGCAGAAUGAGCGGCAGCGGUGGGGAGAUGGCCCAGUCCUCUUCCUCUUCUUCUUCCUCCUCCUCCUCCACCUUCGAGCACCUGUGGAGUUCUCUGGAGCCAGACAGCACCUACUUUGACCUUCCCCAGCCCAGCCGAGGGAAUAGUGAGGCAUCGGGCAGUGAGGACUCCAGCAUGGCUGUCUUCCACCUGCAGGGCAUGGCCCAGUUCAAUCUGCUCAGCAGCGCCAUGGACCAGAUGGGCAGCCGCGCGGCCCCGGCCAGCCCCUACACCCCGGAGCACGCCGCCAGCGCACCCACCCACUCGCCCUACGCACAGCCCAGCUCCACCUUCGACACCAUGUCUCCAGCUCCUGUCAUCCCUUCCAAUACCGACUACCCCGGCCCCCACCACUUUGAGGUCACCUUCCAGCAGUCGAGCACAGCCAAGUCGGCCACCUGGACAUACUCCCCACUUUUGAAGAAGUUGUACUGUCAGAUUGCCAAGACAUGCCCCAUCCAGAUCAAAGUGUCCACACCGCCACCCCCAGGCACGGCUAUCCGGGCCAUGCCCGUCUACAAGAAGGCAGAGCACGUGACCGACAUUGUUAAGCGCUGCCCUAACCACGAGCUUGGAAGGGACUUCAAUGAAGGACAGUCUGCCCCGGCUAGCCACCUCAUCCGUGUAGAAGGCAACAACCUCUCCCAGUAUGUGGAUGACCCUGUCACCGGCAGGCAGAGUGUGGUUGUGCCGUACGAACCCCCACAGGUGGGAACAGAAUUCACCACCAUCCUGUACAACUUCAUGUGUAACAGCAGCUGUGUAGGGGGCAUGAAUCGGAGACCCAUCCUCGUCAUCAUCACCCUGGAGACCCGGGAUGGACAGGUACUGGGCCGCCGGUCUUUCGAGGGUCGCAUCUGCGCCUGCCCUGGCCGUGACCGCAAAGCUGACGAAGACCAUUACCGGGAGCAACAGGCUCUGAAUGAAAGUAGUGCCAAGAACGGGACUGCCGGCAAGCGUGCAUUCAAGCAGAGUCCCCCUGCCAUCCCUGCGCUGGGUACCAACGUGAAAAAGAGACGUCACGGGGACGAGGACAUGUUCUACAUGCAUGUGCGAGGCCGGGAGAACUUUGAGAUCUUGAUGAAAGUCAAGGAGAGCCUAGAGCUGAUGGAACUCGUACCUCAGCCUUUGGUGGACUCCUACCGACAGCAGCAGCAGCAGCAGCUCCUACAGAGGCCGAGUCACCUGCAGCCUCCGUCCUAUGGGCCCGUGCUCUCCCCAAUGAACAAGGUACACGGUGGUGUCAACAAACUGCCCUCUGUCAACCAGCUGGUAGGCCAGCCUCCCCCGCACAGCUCGGCAGCUGGGCCCAACCUGGGGCCCAUGGGUUCCGGGAUGCUGAACAGCCACAGCCACAGCAUGCCAGCCAACGGCGAGAUGAAUGGCGGACACGGCUCCCAGACCAUGGUUUCCGGAUCCCACUGCACCCCGCCACCCCCCUAUCACGCAGACCCCAGCCUUGUCAGUUUUUUGACAGGAUUGGGGUGUCCAAACUGCAUCGAGUGCUUCACUUCCCAAGGCUUGCAGAGCAUCUACCACCUGCAGAACCUCACCAUCGAGGACCUUGGGGCCCUGAAGAUCCCUGACCAGUACCGUAUGACCAUCUGGAGGGGCCUACAGGACCUGAAGCAGAGCCACGACUGUGGUCAGCAACUGCUACGCUCCAGCAGCAAUGCGGCCACCAUCUCCAUCGGCGGCUCCGGUGAGCUGCAGCGGCAGCGGGUCAUGGAAGCCGUGCAUUUCCGUGUGCGUCACACCAUCACGAUCCCCAACCGCGGAGGCGCGGGUGGGGUGACCGGCCCUGACGAGUGGGCGGACUUUGGCUUCGACCUGCCUGACUGCAAGUCCCGUAAGCAGCCCAUCAAAGAGGAGUUCACAGAGACAGAGAGCCACUGAGGAGCACACCUUCUGCCUUCCCCUGUGAGAAACUGCCCCUGGGAGUUUCUACCCCUCGGCUGUGCCCACGGAAAGAGCGAGGGCCUUUUGCCAGAUGCCAUUCCUGAAGGGAAGUCGCUCAUGAACUAACUCCUUCUAGGAAACUUGUGGAACUGCCCUUAGCGAUAUAUACACACGAGGGCAGGUUGUGGGCCAAGUGCUGAGACAGGGGACUGUCCCUUUGUGGGUGGGUAUGCCUUACCCAUUCGCUUCUCCCCUUCUCUUUUGAGGACUCUGCCACCUCCAGGAUAGAGCAGCAUCCUUCGCUGGUUCACCUCUCCACCCCCACCGUCACCCCCAUCCCCCAGCCACAAAGUAUUCUGGCGUCUCCUGUUUCCCCUCCCCCACCCCAGCCACAUGCAGCCAGGCCUCCCUGUCUUCUGCACUUAUGUGCCAGCUGAUUCCACUGUGUCUUGAAAGUGAAGUCAGAGUGAGAGACAUCCUCUGCAGGAUGUGCGGACAGAUCUGUCCCUAAUGUAGGCCAUUUUGCCAUUGCCCUGAGUCUUGGUUGCUGGGGUUAAGGAAGCCUGUGGUAGAGCAGAGGAAGCGGCUGUCCUCUGCCUUCACCAGCACCCCGGACACGCUGGCCACAGCAGCCGCUAGGGGCCUCUCUAGGCAGACAGUGGCAGAAUGAGUCUCAGAUGGCUGGAAAUUGAAUUGUCAAUAUUUGAUAAAACGUAAUUCUUUCUACUUGGUGGGCUGGCUUGCUUUAUCCCGCCCCUGACUCUCUCAGCAUUCCUUUUCUGAGAUCAACCUAGCGUGACCACACGCUCUCCUCAACAAGUCUGAAAAAUGGAGCACCAAGCCGGAAGGGUCCUCCCCUGUUGCCAGGAUGGUUGGAUGGGAAAGAGACUCAGAGAGAACAUAGCCGUGGGCAUGCAGGUUGAACCCCAGCUGUGGGGAACAUCUGUUCUGCCCUCACUAAGUGCUCAGAGUCUGGGCCUUGUGCCUGAGUGCUAGACCAUCCUCAUGGGCUGGAACUGGGGCGGCUGCUGGGGUUCCCCGUCUUCAUGGCUCAUCCCCACGGAGCCAGUGGGCUUGAGAGACAGCUCCUGCAUGCACUCAGCCCAUGGGGUCCCGAACCUGCCGGAAACUCUGUGAGCUUCUGCAACGAGAGCCCUCGGCCAUCCCUGCCAGGAGUGGAGGACCACAGAGGAGCCCCUGCCGCAGCAAAGCCCAACAGUCUGCCGAGGCUCUGUGGAGCCAUUCCCUUUAGGCCUGGCUUUCACUAGCAUGACCCAACAGAGGCAGUGAAGCCCAUCGGAUGGCCACAGAGUCAGCACUACCAGGACUGGCUUCAUAUCAGGGCUGCCUCCUGGAAGCACCAGGCCAGACGCUGCCGAUCUUAGCAAGCUCUGCAGACUUAGGAGGCUAUCACGCACACCACAUACACUUCACGAGUCUCUGAGGGGCAGGAUUUGGGUGCACUUAGGGUAGGUGCAGGUGUCACAUUGCCAGAGAUCAGGGCUGACCAAUUUGACAGGUGUUGACAGCUUAGGCUCUGGGGGUCCUGCACCCAGAUGGGGGCCAUAACAGCUGCAGGCUUCGAGCUUCCGGGGUGCAGAGUGUGGCCAUCCAGCCAGUGAUAACACACCUCACAAAGCCUGAGGUUGAGCACACACGUCCUGUUGCUCAGAUGACGAAGCUGGGGCUAGACAGGCUGAGUUCCCUGCCUCAGGCAUCAGCUAUGACCGAGGUGGGUGCUCAGUCCUGAGGUACAUGCUGCCCCAGGCUACCUCAGGGACUAGGCAGUUUGUUCUUACUCUUAGGCCUGUGAGCCCCACUGUGUGCUUGAGUUCUGGGAUCUCACAUAAAUAUGUCUCAAGCAUUUUCCAGGAGGGGCCAUCCUAAGCACCCCACCACCUGCUCCUGGGAAGGGUUAGGAGGAGAGGCUGUCACCAGGCAUCUAAAGAGCCCAUCUCUGGUGAGGACUGUGUAUCUCCCUGGACCCUGCCUCAAGUGCCAAAGCUGUCUCAUGCGCUUCCAGGAUCCUGACAGGCCUGGAGGGAACUAACUGCAAAGGACCAUCUACCAGGAAAUCAAUGUUCCAGAGGCAAGGCUCGCCGAGGCUGAGCAGCGCUCCAGGAAAGAACCGGCCUUUGGGUCCAAACCAAACAUCAUCCUGCAAAACAGAAAGCAAGAGAAAGCAAAUCUUCCAGUCACCAGGUUUCCCAGGAGCACUGAAAGCCUGGAAGAGAGUUUGGGGGUGCCCUGGAAGUCAUCUGUUGGGCAAGGGCAGGUACCUCAAGGCUGUACAAGCAGGCCACCCAGCCUCAGCCUGUACAAUCGCCGUGAGCUCUGUGCAUCCAAUGAGCAGCAGCUGCCAUGCCCCUUCCUGGCCCUGCUGCUUACCAUGCCUGGCAGCUCUGCCUUGGCCCACUUUGAGCUCUGAGUUUGCAGUACCAGCACCCGAUCCCUGUGCAGGAACCCUGCAAGGGUCAAAAGUUGCUACUUAAAACAGCAUUCACACCAGAAACAAAAAACCAAAACCAAACUAUUCAUGUUUCAAGGUGAUGAAAUGCUUCUCCAAGCAGUAUUGAUGGAUGCAGUCCAGUGACUCUAUUAACUGUUUUGGGUAAUGUCAUCUUAGAAAAAUGUGUUAUUUUUUUAGCUGU